AUGUCCAGCAUCUUACGCAGUCUGAGUAGGUGCUUUCUUCCGACAGAAGCAGUCCGGGAGCAGGGUAGUAGCAAAGGGAAGCACCGGGACAGAGACUUACUCCUGGAACGAGAAGCGCGGAGAAGAAGCCGGGAGAUUGAUGCAAUGCUUGACCGGGAAAGACGUGCCACCCGCCGGCUUGUUAAGAUCCUAUUACUUGGUGCCGGGGAGAGUGGCAAAUCAACUUUUCUCAAACAGAUGCGGAUUAUUAACGGAAAAGAGUUUGACCAGAAAGCGUUGCUUGAUUUCAGAGACACUAUUUUCGAAAACAUCAUAAAGGGCAUGCGCGUUUUGGUAGAUGCCCGGGACAAGUUGGGUAUCCCCUGGCAAAAUGUGGUCAAUGAGAAAAAUGGAAUGCUCGUGAUGUCAUUCGAGAGCCGUUUGGGGAUGCAUAUAGAGCCGUGCACGUUUCAGCUCUACGUGCACGCUCUUGAGUCCCUUUGGAGGGACUCUGGGAUACAGGAGGCCUAUGGAAGGAGGAGUGAGUUUCAGCUGAGUGAGUCAGUGAAGUACUUCCUUGACAACCUGCAGCGCAUUGGCCAACCGAACUAUGUACCAAACAACCAGGAUAUCCUUUUUGCUCGUAAAGCCACCAAAGGCAUUGUUGAGCAUGACUUUGUGUUCCGGAAGAUUCCAUUUAAAAUGGUGGACGUGGGCGGCCAGCGCUCUCAGAGACAGAAAUGGUUCCAGUGCUUUGACGGUAUCACGUCCAUUCUUUUCAUGGUGUCUUCCAGCGAAUAUGACCAAGUUAUCAUGGAGGACCGUAAGACCAACCGACUGGUCGAGUCCAUGAAUAUCUUCGAGACUAUCGUCAACAACAAACUCUUCCUCCAUGUGUCCAUCAUUCUCUUUCUGAAUAAGAUGGACCUGCUGGUGGAGAAGGUGCGCGAGGCCGACAUCCGAAAGCAUUUUCCGGAGUUUCAAGGCAAUCCAAAAAGGCUCGAGGACGUUCAAGCUUUCCUCGUGCAGUGUUUCAAUCGGAGGAGGCGUAACCGCGGGAGACCGCUUUUCCACCACUUCACCACGGCGGUCGACACAGAGAACAUCCGUUUUGUUUUUCAUGCCGUUAAAGACACUAUACUGCAGGAGAAUCUCAAAGACAUCAUGCUACAGUGAGAACCAAUCAGCA